AUGGCGAUUGACAUGAAACCCUAUACAAUAAUCCUCUUCUAUUUUGCCCUAAUUUCUCUCCUCUCAAAUUUCAGGGUUUCUAUGAUUAUCAAUGCCGCAGCAGCUAACAUCACCGUCGUCGAUCUCAUCCCCAGAGAUUUACUGCUCAAUUCAUCACUAACACCCACGGAUCGUGUCAGAAAUUCUCUGCUACGAUCGGUUAGACGCGCCAAAUUCCUCGCCGCCGGAGCUUCCAACUUCAGCCGCCGCGAAUUGGCCGCCGCCGCCACAACCGACAUUGUCUACGACAGUAGCGAAUACUUCAUGAAAUUCUCCGUCGGCACGCCGCCGGUGGAAUUCCUAGCCAAAGUCGACACCGGCACCGACCUCACCUGGAUCCAAUGCACCCCCUGCACCAACUGCUACCACCAGACUCAGCCGCUGUUCGAUCGGAGACGAUCAUCGUCGUACAGGCAUGUCCCCUACAACUCCCGGACUUGCACGUCGUCUGUCGACUCUCCUGGCCUGGUUAAGUACUCCAGGGGCUCCGACGACAGGUGCGGCUAUUUAAUCGGGUACGGCGACGGCGCGACCAGCGCCGGAGAAAUCGCCGCCGAAAGGCUGACGGUCGGACAAUUGUCGGUGCCUGAAAUCAUCUUCGGAUGCGGACAUGAUAAUCGGGGAGAGUUCAGCGAAGGCAGCGCCGGAAUGGUCGGCCUCGCCGGCGGAAGUUUGUCGUUGAUAAAUCAGCUAGGGUCUUCGAUUAGGGGAAAAUUCGCCUACUGCCUACCGGAGGCGUCGUUCCACGCAGAGCCAGAUUUGGGGAACCUGAGCUUCGGCGGCGGCGUUUCGGGGCGGCGCGUGGUGUCGACGCCGCUGGUACGGAAAGCUGAGUCGCCGUACUACUACCUGACGCUGGAGGGGAUUACGGUGGGGAACCGCCGCCUGAAUUGGGGUUCAUCGAGCAGGUCGUCGGACGGCGAAGGCAACAUAGUUAUAGACACAGGAACGACGACGUCGAGACUUCCGGCGGAGCUGUACAGACAGGUGGCGGCGGCGGUGGAGAGGCAGGUGAAGCUGAAGAAGAAGAGGGAUCCGCAGGAGUUUUUGAGCGAUUGCUUCGAGGUGAAGACAAGCGACGACUAUGAGAAGCUUCCGACAAUGGUUUUUCAUUUCCGAGGUGGGGACGUUAAGCUGAGGAAUUACAAUGGUUUUGUGGAGACGGGGAGGAGAACUGCUUGCUUGGCGUUUAUGGCGGACACGUAUAACCUGCCGAUAUAUGGGACUUUAGCGCAGGGGAAUUUCAUUGUAGGGUAUGACUUGGAGAGGAUGACGGUUUCCUUUAAGAGAUCUCGUUGCAGCAGCGAAUGGUGA